GCUACUAAAAUACUAAAGCUACAAACGAAACUCGUCGACGUCGUCUGUCGGUCUGCGUCGCGUAUACGCCUCUGUGUUCAACGUGCACGCGGUGCAUUGCACACAUCCUUGUAACUGAUCGAUAAUAGAUAGCGGUAGACUCUACGAGCACGAGUCAUAACUUAUGUCGGCGUAACUUCUUGCACCGGAGACGAGCGCUGUCUGCUUCCAGUUUCAUCGUGUUAUGAUGCGACAGUAUCAAUUGACGCGGCGUGUUCCAUAAAGAAAUACUUCUUUCGAAACAGUGUGAGAAGACUGAGAGCCGUGUAUCUCGUCUGCUGAACCCGGUGAGAACGAAGAUGGCCUUUUUCCGCCAGCUGGGCGUAUUCCUGUGGAGAGACCUGUGGGUGUACCGUGUGAAACGACACUACAUCGUAGCCCUCUUGGAGGUGGCCGUUCCGCUGCUACUGGUCGGGAUUCUUGUCUGGAUCAGCCAGAUGAACGGCAAGAACGACUCCGGCCACAUCGUCCGGGUGGGUCCCACCCUGUACCCGGAGUUCACUCCAAGCGUGACCCUCCCGUUGCCCCGGAGUCCCCUGUACGCACCGAACGGGACGUACACCACGGCUCUCAUGGAAGCGGUGUUUGGGAAAGGAGCCAAAGGAUUUCCGACCCAAGAUGCCAUGUAUGACUUCAUAGCACGCGAUGCCCUCCAGCCCGGCAGCAAAGGCCUGCAGCUGGCCGUGGUGUUCCCUGCAGCAUCCGCCGGUGGUUCCGUACCCCAUGACCUCCGCUAUACCGUUCGCUUCAACAACACUUUCGUCCACUUCGAUACGAACCAACGCUACAGUAUUGGAGAAUCAAAUGGGCCACGUCCUGAAGAUAAAGCCUACGAAGGAUUAUUCUGGGGACUUCAAAACAGAAUUUUUAGCACUCAUCUGGAGCUCCUGAACACGUCGGGAAAGCUGAUAAAAGAACCACCUGAGGUGACAAUGAACCGAUUUCCUUACCCGGAAUACAACUCCAAUAGCGGCAGCAGCAUGGUCAUCAUGCAGAUCGUCCCCUUCAUGGUCGGCUUCCUGGUUUUCGGUCUCGUGUUCGUGAGCCGUCUCAUCAGAGAGAAAUCUAGCAGGAUUCGCGAGCUGAUGAGAAUGAUGGGCCUGAGCGACUGGGUCUAUUGGCUGGGCAGCUUCUCCAAUGGAUUCGUCAUUAUGGCCACAGUCUCUGUCAUUCUGGUUGUGCUGCUCAAGGUGGAAGUGGCACCAAACGUUGCAGUCCUCUACUUCACCGAUUUCUCCUUGCUCCUUGUCAUUCUUCUGCUGUACUCCGUAGCUUCUCUGCUCUUCCUCCUCCUCUUCACCAUCAUCUUCAACAGCCCUGUUGUUGGUGUCGUGUUCUCCGUGAUCGGAUGGGUGGUGAGCUACGCAGUGCCCACUACUCUCCUGGACCCACAGGGUAGCGACCGCUACUACACCCUCAGCGCAAAGGCCAAGCUCUUGACUUCCCUGCUUCCAAACACGGGACUUCAUUGGUGUUUUCGCCUCAUUAAUUUUCUGGAAGUGCAAGGUAUUGGUGCGUCGUGGUCAAACCUGUAUGUCCCAGCAGUGCCUGCGGACAACAUCGUGCUCGGUCAGGUGAUGCUGCUGAUGCUGGCAUCCACCUUCUUGUAUUCCUUUCUCAUCUGGUACCUCGAUAACGUCUGGCCGUAUCAGUACGGCAUACCUAAGCACCCUUUAUAUUUUUUGCAGAUAUCUUACUGGAGGCCUCCCAUAGAAGACUACAACGAAGUGCUAGAGUCUCUACGUGAUGACAAGGAUGACGUUGAUUCCAUUGAGCCCGCGCCGGCUGAUGCACAUGUCAGCAUUCAACUCUUCAAGGUCACGAAGGAGUUUCACGGUGCUGAAAAGAAAGCUGUGGAUGAUCUGUCGCUGAAGAUGUAUCAGGGCCAGAUUACAGCUCUUCUGGGACACAACGGUGCAGGAAAGACGACCACCAUGAACAUGAUUACUGGUCUCUUUCCACCCACAAGGGGCCACAUCAGCAUCAACGGUCACAACAUCCUCAGGUCCACUAAGAGGGCCCGUGAAGACCUUGGCCUUUGUCCACAGCACAACGUCCUCUUUGAUGAGAUGACAGUGCAAGAGCACCUCUACUUCUUCCUAAGUUUAAAGAAGGGCCGUGGCCUCUCGUGGCGCGAAGAAGUGGAUCAAGUACUGACGGAUCUGAAUCUUGGAGACAAAAGGCACACACAGGCACGAAAUCUCUCUGGUGGAAUGAAAAGGAAGCUCUCUCUGGGCAAUGCCAUCAUUGGUGGUUCCAAGACGCUGAUUCUGGAUGAGCCGACGGCUGGUAUGGACCCUCAGGCGAGACGAGCCGUGUGGACGUUGCUUCAGCGGCUGAGGAUGGACUGCACCAUCUUACUCACCACUCAUUACAUGGAGGAGGCGGAUGCACUCGGGGAUCGCAUCGCCUUUUUGGCACACGGACGUCUGCGCUGCUGCGGGUCGGCGCUCUUCCUCAAAAAGAAAUUUGGUACGGGAUACAGGAUGCGAAUUGCCCGGAGCGGAGACUGCGACGUUACUGCCCUGACUGAGACCGUUGAGCGCAUGGUGCCCUCUAGUGAGCUGGUGUCAGAUGUUGGCAGCGAAGUCAUCUUCAACCUCGGAUUCCCCCCUGCUGCAAAAAUGGUGCUUCUCUUCAAAGAGUUGGAGGAUCACAAGACAAAACAUGGCAUCACCAGCAUGGGUGUAUCUGUCACGACCAUGGAAGACGUUUUCAUCAGGGUGGGUGAGCUAUCUGACACGGAUACAACAACCUUGACUACAGAAUACGGAUCUAUUGAGCUGCCCAAUGGUUUUGGCAGCAGUUCUUCAGACGAACCUGUCACAUGGGAACCGCACCAACACGUCACGGGCGUGACUCUCCUCCUCCAGCAGACGCGGGCGAUGUUCCUCAAACGGAUCUACUCCGCCUAUCGACACUACUACCUCAUCGUCUUCAUGCUGCUCGUGCCAGUGCUCAUCGUCACCCUCUACUGCUGGAUUGGACGCGAGAGCGUUCAGGACCAAGACCACUCCAUCACCUACGACGUCGGCGACGUCUUCGGGACCACCGUCGGCUUUCUCGGGUUGAACACGACCGAGCUGGCAGACUUCGGCACCAAGAUUUAUGGGCCCGCAAUGGCGGAUGAAAAGGUGCAGGUGAAACGCCUGAAGGGAGCUCCGGACGACUUUCUCCUGGACGUUGCCCGGAGGGAUCUGACGGAGUACAGCAAGGAUUACCUCGUCGGUGGUGUUGCAAACGGCAGCCGAGUGGUGGCGUGGUACAACGGAGAGCCUCAUCACGUAGGAGCCAUGUCUCUCAACCUGGCGCACGAAGCGGUUCUGCGCUUUGUGACUGGGAACGCAUCCGCGUCCGUGACCGUGAUGAACGACCCGUUCGCGGGAGACAUGUUCACCGGAUUGGCUGUCAUUACGGAUGGUUUGGUCAUACGUCUCGUGGCAGCCAUAUUCAUCCCAUCGGCCUUGUCCUUCCUGUCUUCCUCCUUUGUCCUAUUUCCGACCGAAGAACGUGUGUCGAAAGCCAAACUUCUUCAGCUGAUGGCUGGUGUACCCAUCUGGCUCUUCUGGGCUGUUUCUUUCAUGUGGGACUUCCUGCUGCAUGCCAUCUGCUGCAGUAUCAUCAUGUUGCCCCUUUUUAUUAUCAAUCCCAAAGGUGCCUUCCUCUCCAGUGCCCAAGUGGGAGGCCCAGUGUAUGUUCUGCUGCUUGCGUAUGGAUGGGCUUCAAUUCCCCUGAGUUACUUUUAUUCCUUCAUCAAGAAGAAGCCAUCUUCAGCAUACGCUUUACUCACCACAGUGAACGUACUAGUCGGUGUGAUCCCGUCCUUGGUGAUGACAAUCCUCUACUUCAUGGUCAACAUGCAGGUCCCCCUGAACAAGGCAUCCCUCGACAACGCCCUCUGGUUUUUCAGGCUCAUACCAAACUUUGCUCUAACUUGGGGGUUCGCCAACUUGAACCUGAUUGGAAUGGACCCCUGGGUGUGUAGCCGCAUUCCCAACAAGGCCGCCGUUUGCGAUGGUCCCACAAAGGACUUGGGCUUCAAGGCUUGUUGCAACCCAUGUCCGCAAGGAAGCAGCGAACAGUUCUGCUACAUUCCUCGUGAUCCCCUGGAGUGGGACAUCAACGCUGCUGGUCCAGACGUCUGCUUUAUGCUCUUUGUUGGGGCGGGACUCUUUGUGCUGCUGCUGCUCAUGGAUUCGUGGCUGGGCAUCCUUUGUGAAUCUCUCUGGAGCAGACUCUCCACCAUGUGCUCCUCAAAGAAGACGCUCGUCGACGCCGACGGUACAAUCGGCGGAGCCAAGUACGAAGACGGGGAAGUCACGGCGGAGCACCACUACGUAGAGCAGCUCGUCCAAUCAGGCCAGGCUUCGAGCCAGGCCCUCGUCGCGUUCAACCUCACCAGGAGCUUUGGCUCACUAGUGGCAGUGGACAACCUGUCAUUCCACGUGAUGCAGCACGAGUGCUUUGGCCUCUUGGGUGUUAACGGCGCAGGGAAGACCACCACAUUCCGAAUGCUGACGGGAGACUUGAGCCCAUCGUCUGGAAAUGCCUUCAUCGGCAGUGCUGACCUAAAGCACCAGUUGAAAAAGUUCCAGUCGGCCAUUGGUUACUGCCCCCAGUUUGACGCGCAGCUCAACAAGCUCUCUGGCCGAGAAACGUUGGAGAUGUUUGCCCUGCUGCGUGGUGUCCCGUCUGACGUGGUGGCCGGAGUCGUCAGUGAGAUGAUUGAUCUGUGUGAUCUCAAGGAGCACGCAAACAAAACUACAGAGAACUACAGCGGAGGCACGAAGCGGAAACUGUCCAUUGGCAUGGCUCUGAUUGGACGUCCUCCAGUCAUCUUCUUUGACGAACCCACAGCGGGAGUGGAUCCUGCAGCUCGUAGACGAAUCUGGCACGGGCUGCAGGAAAUGCAGGGAGCUACAGGAGCUGCCUAUGUUCUCACUAGUCACAGCAUGGAAGAGUGCGAGGCAUUGUGCCAGCGCCUCAGUAUCAUGGUUAACGGCACUUUCCGGUGCCUCGGUUCGACGCAGCAUUUAAAAGCCAAGUUUGGGCAAGGUUUUACCGUUCUAGUCAAACUUAGUCCAGGAGAUUCCCUGGAGGUGGCCACAACGUCUGCAACCAUUUCGUCCCUCUGUGCCAGGAUGGAGGAAGAGUUCCCCGGUGCUUGGGAACUGAAGGACAGUCACCAGUGCCUGUUGCACUUCCACCUGCACGAUACGAAUCUGAAAUGGAGUCAUCUGUUUGAACGAAUGGAAGCCCUGAAGCAGGAGCUCGGCUACGAGGACUACGUCGUGAGCGACACAACACUAGAGCAGAUCUUCCUCGCCUUUGCCAGGACUCAGAGGGAGAGCGAAAAAGAAGUUGUCGUCUGAUGAAGCCUGACCAGCACCAGAGUGGCUGCAGUAAUGGCUAGUAGUUAGGCUUAAGUGAAUUUCACCUAAGUUGCAUACACGGCACCAGAACAUACACAUUCUUAUAGCUCUCAUUGUCAGGGAAAUUCCUAGAGUGGGUGCGCUAGUCUCCCCGAAUGAAACUGCAAAAUGACUACAGACUUUCUCAGCAGUGCUGAUGCAGAUGGGUCGAUGCUUAGACAAAAGAGCUACGUGCUUGGGACAUGUUCUUGUUAGUAAGGACCAGUGUAGGUGUCGGGCUCGUUAGGUUUCACGCUGUUUAGUCCCAAGGCUCUAGGCCUACUUGCCAUUUUGCACCCCAGACAGUGUUUGCAAACAUGUGAAAGCACAGGUUCCAUACCAGUGAUAAGAACUUGAGGAAGCUUCUUUGUAUGCCAUAUCUCUGUAGAGGUCAUGUAGGACUCUUCUGUAAACUUUACUGCGAUUGUAAAGCACGAUUUUCACUCAUAAUCAUUUCCAUUUAUUUUUGGUACUUAGAGCUUCUGGUUCUUGUGUCAAAAUCCAUACACAAUGGCCUCCAUUUUGCACCUGUAUCACGUUCCAUGUUGCCUUUUACUACAUGGCCGCGGCACCACAUACAGGUACUGUGUACUGUGUACCGCUGCUUACAGUGCUGAUAUCUAUGCCCUGCCUCCAAAAUGUGCCUCAGUCUUGUGCUUAUGUUACCGCGAAUGUAUUGCAUAGCGAGCGUAAGACUGCCUUUCAGCGAUGACUGUUUCACCAGUAGCGUUGUCUACGUAUAUGAUAUGCUCUCGCAUUCAAACUGGGCUUUUGAGAAUGUUUUGAAUUCUAUUUUUACAGUCCAAACUUCCACAUUAAUUCCUUCGCACAAUGGAAUACAUUAAUUUAUUGUGGUAUCAGGGAGUGAGACAAAUUAGUUUGAAACAUCCUUUCACUUAGGACAUGCAAGUUAGCAAGUUCAAACCAUACCAGCAAUCCAUAAUGUUUUCGUUUCACACACGCACACCAUUUGCAGUGCCGCAUUGCUCCGCGGGCACGGACAAAUAUCCAUGCUGUUACCGUUGGUGAGGCCACAGUAGCUUUCUCACAGUCUGUACUCUUCACACAUCACAGCUUGUACACAACAGGGCCGGAUCGCCGGCCGGGAGUUUGAAACGUCACCCAUUUCCACUGUUUGGAAUGUAGCACUUCAAUCUGCUGCUGUGAUAUGUAGUACUAUAGAUUUCUCUGUUACAGGGAUCAUAAAGCUGUGUGAUAUUGUUCUUGUACUCGUAGGUACGUGAAGGAUUGCGCAUGUGCAAUCAUCAUAACGGCUCAUCUGGUGUAAACGCGAGCAGCUACAGUACAAGAGAAUCUCUCUGCUGCUUGUGUCAUACAGUAGGCUCAUGCCCCUGUGUUGGCAUCCUGGUUUUGCACCGGUGUACUUUAUAUUUGUAUAUGAAUAUUUUUUACCAUCUCUGUCUUCACACAUUAAAGCAGUUUUGUUUCAUUG